UAAUUGUUUUCCACCUGCAUCACUGGGGGCUUUCUUCCCAUGUUACUCUGACACGACGUUAUACUGUUCACAGCCGUGAUAAAAACAACUUGCUCACUUUGGGGGAUAAAUCCCAGCCUUUAUUGUUGGAAUUCAGUGACCUGAUUGUGUUACACUGUACAAACAGAAACUGUGAUGGGCUUGGAAGAUAUUGUGGAGGGAGAUGUGUUAAAAGUCUGUGUACCUUGCUUGUAGGUAAUGUCCAGCAUAAAGCCCCAGCUCACAGAAAUCUUCAACACAGCCAUGAAGAACGUGUUCCACUACCCUUCAACAGCGGAUAUGAUGACAGCCACACAAAUGGCCAUAGUGGCCGAACUGACUCAUGCUAGUCAUAAGGAAAACUUGGAUGAGCCAGUUGACAUCUCCAGUCUCCCUGUUCUGUCAGCUCUGCUGAUGAAGAUCAUGUUCUCUCCAAGACAGAGAUUACACUUCUUCCUACAGGAGUUAAACACGUUCAUCUCCUCCGGCAGCGUGCCAGAUCUUCACCAUGCACAUGGAUGUGCUCAUCUUCUCUCCGCCAUCAGGAAGGCGAAAGGCAGGGUACCAUUUGACCAACUAGAAAACUGUGAGGACUCUCUCCGCCAGUGUGUGAACACACUCUCUGUUAAAAUGGAGGAAGAUGAUGAAGACUCAAAAUAUUUGCUGAAGCAGAUCAGAGACAAAAUGGAGGGUGGACAACAGAAGAGCUGAGGUCCCAGACAAGUCAUAUAUUAGCAUAGGCACUGUCUGAAUCAGCUUUAUGUGGAAGUUCAUAACCAUAUUUAUUGAACCACUCUGUUCAACACGAUACUGAAGAAAGGAUGUGGAAAUGCAUUGCCAUAUUUGCUUGACUUUGUACCUAAAUGUUUUGGACACCGAGACCAUUGCAUAUUCCUUGUCCAUGGAAAAAUUGUUGCCAGGAUCAUGUGAACACAUCAUGCAAAAACCAGGACAAUGAAGGACUAAUCAGGUCCAAGACUUUGAAUGACCCAGUGACAGUUACUAUGACCUGUUAAUGAACAAAUGGCUGAACUAUGUAAACUUACCCUUGUGGGGUGUUGGGGUAGCCUAGUGGUGAAAACGUUAGCUCACCACGGCAACGACCCAGGUUCGAUUCCAACAUGGGUGCAAUGUGUAAAGCCCAUUUCUGGUGUCCCCUGCCAUGAUAUUGCUAGAAUAUGGCUAAAAGCAGCAUAAAAUCAUAUUCACUUGCUUACUCACUGAAAACUUGUGUCAUGUUCUGUGCCUUGGCAUCUGCCCUGUUGAUUCAUGCAUGAAGUUGCUGUUACAAACGGAGAUGAGACCAUGCACAAAUAUGACAUGAUAUAUAGUACCACUUUCUGUGAGGUCAAAUAAAACUAAUUUCUUGA